AUGUCUGAGAUCCUAAUAAACGACCCAGAGGACCCAACAACUGUGACCAGGUGUACUGUCACCACCGACACGAUGUCUGAGAUCCUAAUAAACGAGCCAGAGGACCCAACAACUGUAUCCAGGUGUACUGUCCCCACCGACACGAUGUCUGAGAUCCUAAUAAACGACCCAGAGGACCCAACAACUGUGACCAGGUGUACUGUCCUCACCGACACGAUGUCUGAGAUCCUAAUAAACGAGCCAGAGGACCCAACAACUGUGACCAGGUGUAAUGUCCCCACCAAUACGCUGUCUGAGAUCCUAAUAAACGACCCAGAGGACCCAACAACUGUGACCAGGUGUACUGUCCCCACCGACACGAUGUCUGAGAUCCUAAUAAACGAGCCAGAGGACCCAACAACUGUGACCAGGUGUACUGUCCUCACCGACACGAUGUCUGAGAUCCUAAUAAACGACCCAGAGGACCCAACAACUGUGACCAGGUGUACUGUCCCCACCGACACGAUGUCUGAGAUCCUAAUAAACGAGCCAGAGGACCCAACAACUGUGACCAGGUGUAAUGUCCCCACCAAUACGCUGUCUGAGAUCCUAAUAAACGACCCAGAGGACCCAACAACUGUGACCAGGUGUACUGUCCCCACCGACACGAUGUCUGAGAUCCUAACAAACGAGCCAGAGGACCCAACAACUGUGACCAGGUGUACUGUCCCCACCAAUACGCUGUCUGAGAUCCUAAUAAACGACCCAGAGGACCCAACAACUGUGACCAGGUGUACUGUCCCCACCAAUACGCUGUCUGAGAUCCUAAUAAACGAGCCAGAGGACCCAACAACUGUGACCAGGUGUACUGUCCCCACCGACACGAUGUCUGAGAUCCUAAUAAACGAGCCAGAGGACCCAACAACUGUGACCAGGUGUACUGUCCCCACCGACACGCUGUCUGAGAUCCUAAUAAACGAGCCAGAGGACCCAACAACUGUGACCAGGUGUACUGUCCCCACUGAUACGCUGUCUGAGAUCCUAAUAAACGAGCCAGAGGACCCAACAACUGUGACCAGGUGUACUGUCCCCACCGACACGAUGUCUGAGAUCCUAAUAAACGAGCCAGAGGACCCAACAACUGUGACCAGGUGUACUGUCCCCACCGACACGAUGUCUGAUAUCCUAAUAAACGAGCCAGAGGACCCAACAACUGUGACCAGGUGUACUGUCCUCACCAACACGAUGUCUGAGAUCCUAAUAAACGACCCAAGGACCCAACACUGUGACCAGGUGUACUGUCCCCCACCGACACGAUGUCUGAGAUCCUAA